AUGGAAUACACGGCCCCCGACGCUGUGGGUGCGGGCAGCAGCAACAAUCUCCGGUCAAUCCGGUCGUCGUGUGAUCGGUGUCGCUUUCAUAAAUUAAGAUGUGAUCGCUCCGCUAGCGACGGCCCGGUAGAACUCCCGUGCGGACGAUGCGCCCGCGCAAAAACCCCAUGUGUCCUGGGGCGACGCCGGCCGGCCAAUAAGAGGCAGCCAAGCGUCUCCACGACCAAGUCCUCGACAUCAUCAACAGCAACCACAGCAACCACAGCAACGGCGGAUGCAGAGCAACACGGCGAGACUGUGACAUAUCCUCAUCCCCAGGCCUCGUUUCCCUCCCAAUCCCAACUCCCGACCCCGACCCCGACCUCGCCCACAAUCCCACGUGCAACCCCAUCUGCGCAGUCGUGGGAGAAUCAGCAUGAUUAUGAGCGUGUGCAUGAGAAUGAGAGUGAGAAUGAGAAUGAGAGUCAGAAUGGGAUGUCGGGGAUGCACGAUGUCGCUGACAACCAUCCAGGCCAAGAGAACAGCAUGAGCGGCUGGGGCUCGAUGCCGCAGGGCAUGGAAUUCAACUUGAACGACACAUUCAUUUUCGAUGCCGACCUGUUGGAUCCCCCGCCAUGGCUCCCAGCUCCGAUCUUGCCAGAUCAGUCAACCGACGCCGCCACGAUGAUGAACACAACGAGCACUGCAGUCCCGGGACAGCGCCUCAUCAUGUUGAUUGCAAAUAUGCAACAAUGCCUCCAGAUUCUAGAGCAUGGCCCAUGGCAAAAGGACAGCGCAAAUACCCUCGAUGACUAUCCCGUCGGCACCGUGCUCCAUCUCUCGCAGGAACUCGGUUCGAUCGCCAGUUCAGUUCUCAGUAGAGGUUGCAUCAUGGGGACGAUAACGCGGCGGGAGUAUGUCUCGGAAACGGAGAGUCCCGCAGGCGGAGAAGCACACACAACCGAACCGAAGGGCAUCGACGGCGGGAGUGACACGGUGACACCUCUACUCGUGCUGAGCGGGUACAUGUCGCUAGUACGUAUCUACAGCAUUGUGCUGGGCCAUUUCCAGACACACAUUAGCAGCGUACCGUCGAAUAGCAACGCGGACCAUAGCAGCGGCAUGCGCAGCGCAAGUACAAACCCGACAUUGCAGCUCGGCGAGCUUCCAUGUACCAGCGUAGCGCCUAUCCUAGGCAAGAUUCACACCGCCCUUCGUAUGUUGCUGGCCGCGGUGCAUGGUGUUGAGGAGAAAUUGGGGCCAGGAGGAGCAGUGGCGCGCAAUCUGGUGGUGGCGCUGCUGGCGCAGGACGCGGUGCUGGACAUCGGUGACUUCCACGGUGGGUUGUUGACGAAGAUGCAAUUAGUGAAGGAGAUUUUGCAAGAAAAGAUGAAUUUGUAA